GCAAGUUGCAACGAUGUUGCCAACACGGUCAUUGGCGAACACGAAUAUAACCCCGACGUCUAUUAAUCUUUCAACAAGUAGAUCAGAAGAUGUUAAAUCCGGUACAACUGAAUGGUAUAUAAUUGUCAUAACCUUGGUGUCUGGUAUUGUUAUUGGAAUUCUUCUUUCCAACAUUGUUUCAUAUUCGCGUCGUAAGUUGUUUACGCAGCCUGAACGAACCCCAGAGGUGCAAAAAACGACAGAAGAUUCAACUUAUCAGGAGCUAGAUCUUAAGAAAAUGAACAAAGAAGACAAUUAUCAAUCAUUGAGUGGGAAUGCUGGAAGAAAUGAUGGUGUAAAUAACGAUGAGUCAAAUUAUACCGAGUUGAACAAAGUCAGGGAUAUCGAGAGCAAUUAUCAGUCUUUAACCUAAAAUCGUAAAGCUGGAAUACAGGAUACAAAUGGGACUGAAGACUAUGCAGAAGAUAUAGUUAAUGAUGCUAGAAGAUGUUAGAAACGGAUUGUUGCCUUACUUCAUAAUUACAGAGAGGACCUCUGGUUUUUAUAAAAAGAAGUCGAAUAUCCUCCCUUAAUAAAAUAACCCUGGAAUACUCCCUGGUUUAGGCCAGAUAAUGUACACAUUCAGUAACUCUGUUCCAUUGGCUCCAUGAGUUCCGCGUGAAAAAAAUCCCUAAGUCCGGAUCGAAAUUUCAUGCAUGUAAGGCCAGUUUCCAGUACGCCGUAUUUUAUAUAUGUUCCAAAACAUUAAAAACAACCUGCAUGAGACAUUCCAGCUCAUCUUUAUAAUGUGUUCGACACAUGUGAAAUACGUACGGCGUAUGAAACGUGCCUAAAGCAGAAGGUGGACUCCCAAUAAAAAAAACAGAUUAAAUUUACACGACAUAAUUGUAAUUA